AAGCAUCUUGGCAUCGUUAGCAAACCGUCAUGCCUGCGCUGUUAUUUUCAUUUUACGAUUAGGAUACGACUAGUUAACGCCGAUGAACGACCUUGCGCUGUUUGAACUUUGUAAGUUAACCUAAAAACAACGUAAAAUGCUAUUUUCCAAAAUCCGUCUAAUUACUUUUGACAGUACCGGUACUUUGUUAAACUUCAGCGUUCACCCAUCCAAAAAAUAUGCCCAGAUCGCGUCAUUGUACGGCAUUGAGUGUGAUCAUAACAUACUAAACGAAAAUUUUCGAAGUCAUUGGCGAAAAAUGAUCAAAGAACAUCCAAAUUACGGACGUCAUUCUGGACUGGGUUGGGAAAAUUGGUGGAGACAGAUAGUACUUCAUACCUUUAAGGGGUGUGAAGUGCCCAUUGAUGAUGGUAAACUAAAUACAAUUGCUAAUCAUCUGAUAGAAGAGUACAAACAGAGAAGUUGCUGGAAGGUUACACAAGGAGCUUUAGAUUUACUGUCUUAUUUAAAGCACAAAGGGGUAACAUUAGGAGUGAUAUCAAACAUUGAUCCUAGACUUCAUGAAACAUUAAUAAAUAACAAAGUAAGGCACUACUUCAAGUUUGUUGUAACAUCCUAUGAAGCUGGUAUUGAAAAACCUCAUCCCAGAAUAUUUGAGGAAGCCAUCAAAGCAUCCAGUAUAGAGGACUUGAAAUCUGAGGAAUGUCUGCAUAUAGGGGAUUCCAUUCCCUUAGAUUAUGUUGGUGCAACAAGAGCGGGAUGGAAAGCUUUAGUAUUACUUCCUGACAAAUCUAGUCAAAAUGAGGACAAAAUCGAUGAAAACCAUAAAUUUUAUUCUUUCUAUGAUCUACAUAAAUAUUUAAUGGAUAAUGGAGAAACUGUUAAAAAAAUACAAUAACGACAAACUUUACAUUUUUUAAAUAAUUUAAUAAGCAAGUGUUAGUAUUUAAUAAUGUGAUAUGUUUGUAUUUAAAGUAUAUGACUGAUGUAAUAAAUGUAUAGAAAUUA